GUGACCUAUACCAGGCGCGCAUCAAAUGCGCGUUGGCUACAUAUUCGGCGCUCGCACCUUCGGAAGUCAUUGAUAAAAUCGCCCUGCUAUUCCUACCAUGGCGCCGCAGAGCUCAAUCCCACCGGCCGCUAACGUGCUCGGCACGAUAGGAACGAUAUGUUGGUGCGUCCAACUGUUUCCCCAGAUUUGGCGCAACUACAGGACGAAAUCGACUGAGGGUUUGCCGGCGGUAAUGAUGUUUCUUUGGACUAUCUCGGCUGUCCCGUUCGGUGUAUACGCAAUUGUCCAAAAGUUCAACAUCCCAUUGAUCAUACAGCCGCAAUGCUUCUGCGUGCUUUGCGGUGUCAGCUGGGGUCAAUGCAUGUAUUACGGACGGAAAUGGAGAGCUUUGACGACUAUUGUAGUCCUCACGGCGUUUCUAGCUGCAUGUGCAGGGGUGCAGGCAGGGCUGGUCUUUGCAGUUCGACCAGCUUAUGCAAGAGGACUAUCAUGGCCGGUUACUACAGUUGGAGUAGUCGCAUUCGUCUUACUUAUUUCCGCCUAUCUCCCAAUACCAUUCGAAUUGCUCAAGCGCAGAGGCAGAGUUGUUGGUAUCGACUUCAUCUUUCUCACCAUUGAUUGGUGCGGGGCCUUCUUCUCCCUCAUGUCAUUGGUUGCACAGAACGACUUUGAUGCCUUGUUUGGGACGAUGUAUGCUUUGUGUUGCGUAAUUGAGAUGAGUAUGGUAACCUCGCACCUGAUCUGGAGAUUAAGGACUCGUGGAAUAAGACGGCGCGCUCGAGAAAACGGCUUGACAUUUGAUGAGCAUGAUGAAGGGAAAGAGUGGCAAGCAAAGGGACUUGACAUUGGCGAAAUACUCCGUCGAUGGCUUGCGUCACGUAAACGUACGACUUCGAACGAUCGUGAAGAAGACCAAGACCCGUUAGCGGAGCCACGUCAUGAGGAAACCGAUCGAAGUGAUAAUAGUUUCAAGAGCACGGUGAAGAGCACGGUGGAAACAAGCUCGUCAUAAGGAAUUCAACGUUGUGCUAGGGUCAUUUUCACGAUGACAUUCCAACAGUCUCGGCUCUUAAAUUGACCACUUCAGCCAAUGCCCUAUUUUCGCCCGAUCAUAAUACACAUGUGUCAAUCAAGUACAUCCACGUCGGAAUUGUUUGUAACCGGCAUUACUACAUAGAUGGUUGAGAUGGCGUUGCAUCCCGGGAAUUUUGAUCGAUUACACCUCGUACAUGCAACCAUUUUGAUAUGAGGAU